AUGUCUCUUGCAAGAACCAUUACUUCAUUCUAUACAACUAGAUUGAAAGGCGCAGACAGCCAACCAGAGCAGGCUGACAAUCCUGUUCAAUCUCAAACAAGACAGACCAUUGCUUCACUCGAUGCCGUUCAACCGGAAGAUUUCGGUGGAGAUGAAGUAGAGCGCCUCAAAGUACGAGCUGCAGCUCGUCGACUGCUCGCAAGAGUGGAGACGCCCUACGAACGAGCCUGGGGUUUCUGCUUUGAGCAGCCGGUGGUCUUUGCCGCUCUGCAGACAUGCAUUGACGUGGGACUCUGGAGAUCGUGGACUAGUGUCGGAGGUGAGAAGUCUAUUGAUGACCUGGUCAAGUUGACAAGUCCAACCGUCGACGCAAAUCUCUUGCGCCGCUUGUUCCGGCUGCUAGCGGCAUUCAAUGUGGUUGAGGAAACAUCCGAAGACAGAUUCAAGCCCACUCCAUUCUCGCUUGCCAUCGGUGAUGAGAGCACCAAGGUCCGAGCUUCACUCCAAGCAGCCACAAACCAGUACAUCGCAACAAGCAAAAGCCUGCCCACGUAUCUUGCAAGCCUAUCGUACCACGAACCGACAGAUCCCAUUACAAACAACCACUCAGCAGCAGAUCCCGAUGGCUUGAAUUUCUUCGCCCGAUUGCAGAAGAGUCCCGCCUACUUUGAAGCAUUCACAGGUCACAUGGAGGCAUGGACAGCAUGGAAGACACCCUGGACUAAGGUUGUCGACACUACUCAGCUGCUUGCAGGAGCCAAGCUUGAUGACGGUUUGCCCUUUGUAGUCGAUAUCGGCGGUAACACCGGUACUGAUAUUUCCCACGUCCUCGCCAAGCACCCACACAUUCCUAGUGGAUCAUUGGUGCUGCAGGAUCUCCCUGAAAUUAUUUCUGUCGCGCAAGUUGACAAGAAGAUCACUGCGAUGGCUCAUGAUUUCUUUUUGCCACAACCGGUUAAAGGGAGUCGUGCUUAUUUCAUGCAUGCUGUUCUUCACGAUUGGCCCGAUGACAAGGCGAAUCAAUUGUUGGUGAACACUCGAAAUGCUAUGACAAAAGGUUACUCGAAGCUGUUUGUCUAUGAUAUUGUUCUGCCCUCUACAGGUGCCAGUAUCAGUCAAACAACCAUGGAUGUGCAGAUGAUGUCUUUGCUAUCGGCAUCUGAGCGGACCCAAGCACACUGGAGUAAGCUGCUGAGCAACGCUGGAUUAAAGAUUGUCAAGUUUUGGCCUGAUCCUCAGCAGUAUGAAAUGAUCAUCGAGGCUGAAAUCGCGUAA